ACUUCCAGAGUGCUCAGGGCCUCCACCCCACACUGGCCGAGGAUGGCAUCAUCCUCCAGGGGCGUGCCUGCCAAGAGCAGGACUUGAUCUUCUGGAGCGAUGCCCUCCAACGAGGCUACAUGAGCCUAAAUGGAAAAACAAGACUCAUUAACGUUCCCGCGGAAGGCAAAGGCGAACACAAAAGACCCCAGGAAACACUACGACGCCUCACCUUGAUCUGGGCGACCGUCUCCUGGCCGGUCACCUCGAGAGUGUGUAGCUCCUGGGCGCGGACAAAGAGCUGCAUGUUGGCGACUGAAAAAAAAAAAAGGGGUUGCCUGUAAGAGAAUAAAUACUCUGGGACAGAAGGGAUCAGCCAAGCCCCAAAUAAGACCUCCGGAUCUAUCCAAGGCCAAAAUCUUACCUGAAGCGCGGACACCCCUGCCGCUACCGCGAAGAUGGAGUCGAGAAAGAGGAAGGAGCGAGGGCGCGCACGUCCUCUCCGCCUGCUGCGUGCCACGUCACUACUGAGCGACCGCCAAGAUCUCUGAUUUUUGUACCGCCCAGAGCCGUCCUGGCUCCGCCUCCUUACGCUUUGCGCAGGCGUUCUCUCGGUCCUGGGCGGAGCGAUCAUAAAGGGGCUGGACCAGGCGGGUUGCGUGCGCAGAAAGCUAGUGUACCUGGGCUGUUCGAGAUGGCGGCGACUGUGCUCUGCGGUGUACUUCGUGCCUGGAGAACUGGCGUCCCGCUGGGCUGCGGGCUACGGCGGCUGAGCCAGACCCAGGGGACCCCUGAAUACCCCAGCUUCGUGGAGUCUGUGGAUGAAUACCAUUUCGUGGAGCGCCUCUUACCCCCUGCCAGCAUCCCAAAGCCCCCAAAGCACGAACAUUAUCCCACUCCUAGUGGCUGGCAGCCCCCCAGAGACCCUGCGCCCAGCCUGCCCUACUUCGUGCGGCGCUCGAGGAUGCACAACAUCCCCGUCUACAGGGACAUCACACACGGCAACCGUCAGAUGACUGUGAUCCGCAAGGUGGAGGGAGACAUUUGGGCCCUGCAGAAGGAUGUGGAAGAUUUUCUGAGCCCGCUGCUGGGGAAGACACCUGUCACCCAGGUCAAUGAGGUGACAGGUACCCUUCGGGUCAAGGGCUACUUUGACCAGCAGCUCAAAGCCUGGCUUCUGGAGAAGGGCUUCUGAAGCCCGGCUGAGCAGCGUGCAUCACAGUGUCCCCCUCAGACUGGAGUCUUGGGGUCUCAGGAGGAGGGAGGUGACCAUGGGAGCAACUGGGACAGCAGGUAGAGACCAGGGUGGAGGGCUUUCGAGUGGGACUUGCUUGUAUGAAGGAAGAAAUGGGACCGUGUGCUGGGGAGGGCCUCUAGAGACCCACCAGCAAUAGUCAAGCUGGCGGGGGGUUAAUUGCUCCCCCCGCCACACACACACACACACACACACACACACGCUUUGGCCUGUUCCUGCUCUCCCUUCAUGGGAGCUCCUUGGACUCAGCCAUUCAACUUUCAGAGGUAACUGGCUACCCCUCUGGUGGAAGCAACAGCCCAACCCAGUUUGCAGGAGACGGCAGCACAGGCCAGACCCACCGGGCACGUUCCUUCUUGGGCUCUCACACCGUCACUGCCCCACAAAUCCUGAGCCCGCUUGGUAGGGGCCACAGAACACAAGAUGACUCAGACGUGGGUCCUGAAGGUCUUCAGUUCCACGUGCAGCACAUCAGCCCCUGGGCUCACUCCUUCCACCCCGCAGAGGUAGGAGGGCCGCCAGCAGGACUCUUCCAGACUGGAGUUGGGCCUGACUGGGUUCCCAGCUCCAGCAAGCUAAGGGAUGAGCUCUAGCUGGCCUGCCCACAAGGGGGUGCUUAAGAGCUCCCGGCGGCCCAGCAAAGGGCCAUCCUUCCCAGGGUGCUGACCUAGUAUCAGGGCUGGACAGCGGGUUUGCGGGCAGGAAGAUGCUGUCCUUUGGCCUCUGCCAUCUCAUCCCACCCCAGCCUAGGAACUUCGUACUUGGGAGUCACAAGGACCAGAAGCCCGAAUUCCCACCCAAGCUCAGUAUCAAACUGGCUGUGGCAGGUUUCGAAGUCUGGCUUCCCCUGCGUGCUCUGACCUAAGGACCAGGCACUUCACCUUUCUGGGGCUUUCUUCGUGUGUAAAACGGAUAUAUUUUCCUAAUAUGUUAAUAUUCGACAGUGUGCCCAAGGACAGUGCUGACUUUAAACCCUCAUUCCUGGAGGUUCCAGGUUACUGAUCUACCCCUGAGUAAAAGGAGCCCGCACAUGGAUCCCAUGGCAUCAGUUCCACCAGUCAUUAAUGCAAGUUUUUAUUUGGCUGUAUAUACAAUUUAAGCUAUUAAAAUUUGUACAAUAUUUACAAAUUAAAUAAUCAUCUGAAACUGUC